UUCAUCCACUUUUAAUUAUUUUCACCAUUAAUCCUUCAUUCUGUAGAUUAUGACUUGAAAAAAUGUCAUAUUUUGCAGUGAAAUAAAGUCAGCCUCUGGAAAUUAAUAGGCUCAGGUUAUUUUUAUAAUCCCUCAUUUCAUUAGCCGACUUGAGGUUGAUACUACUGGAGCUCAGAAAGAAUAAGCAUCACAAGCCAGCAGUUCAUGCUGUGGAAUACUCUGCCAGUCACCAGUCAGUUUUGUGGUCUUGUCUAAAUAUUUGUCUUGCUCCCUAAUUAAAUUUUUUGGCUUCUUACAUCAUUUAGUUCAUUGUUAUCAAGUAUCACCAGCAGACUUUCCCUUGACAAAUAAGAUGUUGUACUCCAUAAAACUCAGAACAUCUCACAACUCAGAGUGUGAUGUACAAAAAGCAUCCUGCAGGAUGCCUCACAAUCUGCCUGCGGACUGUGCCAAGGCGCUGGGCAUCACAGUACUCCUUUGUGCCAAAACAUGAGCCAUGCCAGGAUGGGAUGCUCUCCCAGGUGCAGGAGUUUCUGGACACCACCAAGAGGCUGUUUGUCUUGACAGGGGCGGGGAUCUCCACAGAGAGCGGCAUUCCUGACUACCGCUCUGAGGGAGUGGGCCUGUAUGCCACUUCUGACCGCAGACCCAUCCAGUACAAGCAAUUUGUGGACAGCAGCAAGGCGCGGCAGAGGUACUGGGCCAGGAAUUACAUGGGGUGGCCGCGCUUCUCGUCCGUGACCCCCAACGCGGCCCACACCUGCCUCACUGCCUGGGAGAGGAGCGGCAAGCUGGCCUGUGUUGUCACUCAAAAUGUGGAUCGCCUCCACCACAAGGCAAGGACAUCCAAUGUGCUUGAGCUGCAUGGGUCUGCAUUCAACGUGGUGUGCAUGAACUGCAGGCGGCAGGUGUUGCGGCAGUACUACCAGACUUGCCUGACUCGCCUCAAUCCCCACCUGACCCUGCGCCCCAUGGAGAUGAGGCCUGAUGGGGAUGUGGAGCUCACGCAGGUGCCUGAAGAAGUGGAUAACUUUUACGUGCCUCCCUGUGAAGGCUGCGGGGGCAUCAUGAAGCCUGACCUUGUGUUCUUUGGGGAGAGCGUGCCGCAAGAGCGAGUGGAGCGGGUCAAGAGGGAGCUGGCCAAGUGUGACGCGCUGCUGGUGCUGGGCUCGUCACUCUAUGUGUACUCUGGCUACAGAUUCAUCCUUGCUGGAGUGGAGCGAGGGAUGAGAAUGUGUGGGGUGAACAUUGGGCCAACACGGGGCGACCCUCACUUUCUGUUCCGGAUUGAUGCACGCUGUGGGGACGUCCUGCCUCGCCUGCAUGUCUGACACCCAGCAUGUCUUAUGUUUACCAGAUGUAUUUUAUGUGUGUUAGUAGAGUUUUAUUCUGAAUGUACAAACACAGAUCUAUUUAAAUCAGGGUGAAGAUAGUUAUUUUUGUCUCAUUGUAGGAAUAAAGAUAUUACAGGAAGGGGUCCCCAAGAGAUCCCAGUCCUCUUUCUCUGUCUCUUUUGGUUUCCUUUCAUGACACGCAGGGAAUACAGUUGAGUAUUGCUCCAGACUUACUGCAGGGAGUUGAAUGCAUACAUUACUAUAAUGAAUACAAGAAGAAAUCACAGGAGUAAGAGUAUGAAUGAUGUGUGAUGCUUUGUCUGGGACACCCCCAUGUGGUAUGUAAAUAAAUAAUUGAAGAAAUCUAA